AAGGCAUUUCCAACACGCGUCCCCAAAGAGAAAAAUGUGGCAAGAGACGGCCAGCAAUAGCAAACAGGUGCCGUAAUUGGAGGUUUCAACUCACAAACGGCCACCGUUCAGGUCCUCUUCAUCAACUACCGUAAUCUGACCAACCACUCUCUGCUCUCUAUAUUAUAUAUAUACGCAUAGGAAGUUAAUUUAUAUUAAUAGAGUCAGAUAUCAGAAUCUUCAUGGCCACUGUAACAACUAGUUGCUGCCUCAAUCUCUCUAAUCCCCCGUCUCUCCCUUCAAAAUCAACUCAAAUUCCACGGCAUGGCGUGAAGAAUGAGAAGUGGAGAAAGGAGUGCGUGGUGGGCAUGGCGUGCUGCAUGAUAAUCGGAAUAGAAAUGGGAAGUGUAGAAGACACAAGUAUUGCUCUUGCCCAACAAGACAUGAGGUUACCAUUAAUCAUUGAAGAAGUUGCAGAUUCAGAACAACAAAACAAUAAGGUUCCAAGAUGGAGUGAUAAAAGAAUGUGUCCGCCAUGGCAUCUCAAUUCGCUAGAGACUAUUGUGCCUGAGAAUCUCCCAAGACCAACUGCUCGCAGAAGAUGGGAAACUGUUCGUUACUCUAAAAAUGCCCCCGUAGUUAAAGUGACUACUGUUAGAAGUAGCAGCAACUCAUGCUUUUCCAUGUAAUUUCAACGUUUUAUUUUCUUUCACCCCAUGGCUAUUACUGCUAUGUAUAUAUAAAUCAAUCGCAAACAUCAUGAAAUCAAUAUAACGAAAUAUUUAUUUUCAUUA